GCAAUAGUCUCUCUGUGCCACUGAAACUGACAUAUACUACAAGAGAGCUUUUCCCGCCUACAGAAAGACAAUGGAUUUUUCCUCUAAUUUUAUUCAAUUAAAAGACAAAUGUUAAUUUCUUCUAUCGUGCAUUUCUUAAAGUAAAAAGUUAGCAACAUUGUAUGAAAAGUCUGAAUAUUCAGCUGAGAGUUGGUUGUGUUAAAAGCAGUAAAAAGAAGAAAUUUUACAAAUAAGGGGGGAAAAAUCUAUUAAAAUGCAGAAAAUGUCACGGAAGGAGGAACAAUCUCUGUUGGCGGGACAGAGAACAAAUGGAGGCGCAACAAUUGUUCCAAAUGGCAAUUCGGAAGUUGAGAGAACACCAUUCAUCACGCAUAAUGAGCCAGUCCGUUUAACACCGGCCUGGGAGGAGAGUAAUUUGCCAAACGAUGAAUUAAAUUUUAAAGGAAUGACAAUGGAACGAGCCACAAUGGAGAUUAAUCCACCAAGAGACAGAUGUUAUUUAGUAUUUCUAACACUCGUGCUUCAUGGUAUUGGUACCUUAAUGCCUUGGAAUAUGUUUAUCACUGCCAAAUCGUAUUUUGUGUCUUAUAAAAUGUCAGAAGAAUAUACGGGAAUUCAGUCAGAUUAUGCUUCAAAUUUCUUAGCAUAUUUGGGAUUUGCAGCUCAAAUUCCUAAUUUACUAUUCAACUGGAUUAAUAUCUUCAUCAGAGUUGGGGGUAACUUAACAAGUCGAAUUGUUUGGAGUCUCUUCAUUGAGGUGAUCAUUUUUGUUCUUACUGUUGCUCUUGCCAUGAUAGACUCUUCAGCAUGGCCUGGUGCCUUCUUCUGGAUUACAAUGGUGUCUGUUGUUAUUCUCAAUAUGGCUGGUGGUGUCUAUCAAAAUACCAUUUAUGGUAUUGCUGCUAAACUUCCCAUUAAAUACACUGGAGCUGUUGUUCUUGGAUCAAAUAUCAGUGGUACAUUUACCGCUAUUAUAUCAAUAUUGAGUGAAAAUUUUGCAUCAUCAGUUCGAACAGCAGCCAUUUACUACUUCAUUGCUGCAAUGUUUAUCCUUUUGAUAUGUUUCGACACGUAUUUUGCACUGCCACUGAAUAAAUUCUACAGAUACCAUGAGAUGAUUAAAGAAAAGGAAGUUGAGAAGAGCAAGUCUUCUGGGGUUGAUGUCAAUGCCAGGCCACCGUAUUUUAGAAUCUUCCGACAAUGCUUUCCGCAGCUCUUCAAUGUCUUUUUCGUCUUUUUCGUUACACUGGCUGUCUUUCCGGCUGUCCAUUCGGACAUCAAGAUGGUCGGAGAUGAUUUUAUCAUUCCCAACAAAUACUUUGUGAGCGUAACAUGCUUUCUCACAUUCAAUCUCUGCGCCAUGCUGGGAAGUCUGAUAACCUCAUGGAUUAAUUGGCCAAGUCCCAAGUAUCUGUGGUUCCCAGUGAUUUUGCGAGCUGCCUUCCUGCCUCUGUUCCUCUUCUGCAACUAUAAGCCUCUUGGUAUUGAGCGAAUCUUGCCUGUUUACAUUACAAAUGACUGGGCUUAUUGGGCUAUUGCCAUUGUAAUGUCUUUCAGUUCUGGAUACUUGAGUUCCCUGGCGAUGAUGUACACAUCAAAAUACGUUGAGCCAAGAUAUGCGGUAACAGCUGGUAUGUUUGCCGCUGCAAUGCUGAUAACAGGAAUUUUCUCGGGGAUUCUCUUUUCAAUGGUAUUUCCUAUACUGGUUGAGAGAAUCACAUGGUAAUUUUCCAGGCUAAAUUACUGUAAGUUGAACAUGAAAAUUUUAUCUUCAUCAUUUUUUAUAAGAGAACAAAAAUCAUAUUUAAGCAAAAUUAAUGCCAGGAAUUAUCCCAUUUGCGCUACAAUCUCAAAUAGACUUUUAAACAUAAAUUAUUCAAGAAUUAAAGCAGGAAAUUGAAAAAAAAAAAGAAAUUGUUGAGUAACCUUUAACUAAAAGGUUAUUAUUAAUUUAAAUACUAAAGAGGUCAUUUGCUAUAGGCAAAGUUGAUGAAAGUUUUUUAAACAGAUUUUUCUCACUACAAACUCAAGAAAAAAAGAUAUCUAAUACAGAAUUUUAGAUAGAUAAAAUGUAUAUUGUAUAAAACCGCGCAAAUUUUAUAAAAAAUCAUUUUAUUUUGGUUUUAUUUUUAAAUAUUUUAGAAUAUUCGUCUUUAAAAGUUUUUAAUCAUGUUAUUUUUUAAUUUGUGAAUUAAAUUUUUGUUUUAUUCUUUUAUUUACCUUUUAUCUUUUAUUUCUUUUUUUUAUAAACAUAAUGCAAAAACAAAGGCUCGAAAAUCAGUACAAUUUUCACAUAGUAAUAACUCAAAAGAUAAAGUUGAUAAGAUAAAUAAUUUGACCAAUAUUUAAUAAACAAUAGUUGCUACAUAAAUACUACAAUAUGGAGUCUAUUAUGCAAACUAUACAAUCAUAUUUAUCAACAUUUUGUACAUAAAAUAAUAAAACAGUCUUUAAUUAUAUUAAUAUAAAUAAUAGAGCAGGUACAGUGGCAGGCAAAAAUUUAGAGACAAAUGCUACAUUUUUUCUUGCGAGCGAAUGCUUAAAAAAUAUUUUUUAUAGCUUCUAGUGCAGAAUUAGGAGUUCUAUAAAAAGUAGUGCUCUUUUUCUAAAAUUUUUGUUUAAGGUCUCAAUAUUAAAAUAAUUUCAAUUUGAGGCCGUUCUUCUAGAGAAAUUGUAAGGACAUAUGCCUUUUAAGCAAGAUUAUUCUUUUCUGUAGAAGAAAAUUGUGAAAAUCAAGAAAGGUUCAGUGUCUCCGUCUAUUUCCUGCUGUAAAAUUAACAUUAAAAAAUGUUGAUAUAUUUUUACACCUAAAAAGUGUUAAAGUUAUGAGGAGAAAAAGUUAAUUGCACCCUCUUUUUUGUCUCAGUGAAGAUACGAUCAAUUCAUUAUUAAAAGAAUGCCCACGCCCACAAAAAACGAUCCACUUCUUCAACACAUUUGUUGAGCCUUAGAAAAGCUGUAUCAAUCUUGUUUAUCUCCUUUAUUGUCUUAAAGACAAUGAGGAAGCAAGAAACAAGCCUUCGAAACCUUUAUUAAAGAAAUAUAGGAAAGAAAGAUGCGUAAAUCCUUUUAUCUUUAAAUCUAAUAUUUAAGAGCCCUCUUCCGUCACAUCAUUCCAUCUCGCAUGGGUCGUUUCCGGUACAAUCCAUCUGUCAUUCGAGCCUCUUUUUAUGUGAAAGGCCUGGGAGAUACGGGUAUUGGGGUCGUGGUUCAGUUUACACUAAAGACUUGUAGUCGCAAGAAUGUCGAUACGUACCUGUAGAUCUUUCUAAAAAAAAAAAAAAAAAAAAACUAGCCAGCUUUAGAACCAAUUUCAGCAUUUCCCUAUCUGCCAUAUGGGACGCGUUCGAUGCAUCGAACAUACUCAUGAGUACUCCAACCCAACCACGCGAAAGAUUCCCAUGAAAAGCUAUGCAAGUCAUUGUGGAAGAACGUGGACCCCUGGGCAGACCCAGGACAAGAUGACUGAAUCAAAGGAUCUUGCAGUAGAGCGCUUUAAGUCAAGCCUCCGCCAUUUCCUUCUUGAAGUGACGUAUAUUUUCAAAAUUCUUACAAAGAAAUUCAUUGAGGCAUAAAUUUCAAAAAUAUCUGAAACUUUGUUCGUAAAAAUGAAUUGCAAUGCUCAAAUACAGGCUUAAACGCUGGGCUUUUACUUUUGAGGACUUUUCUAAGUCCAGACCAGUCUAAGGUUUCAGUUCUUUUUUUCUAAUUGAAAAGUCGAAGAGUUCCUUGUUAGAAAAAAAAGAUAUUGUGAAAAAUGGCAAUCAGUCUGCGGAAAUAUGAAAAUAGAAUGGAAGUAGGAAUCUUUGCUUAAUAAAAAAUCAAAAUUUUGUCCGAAAAAAGAAAAACAUUCAACAAAACUUAUAAUAGAUGGGAUCAAUUGUGUAUUUUUUUUUUAAAUUUGCUUUGAAUAAAAUUAGAUCCUGAAAUCCCGGGAUCCGUAAUAUCUCCGGACCUUAAAAAUACCAGAAUUCCAAAAAUACUGAAACUAGGAAAUUAACAGAGCCCUGAAAAUUUCGAGACCCUAAAAAUUCUGGGAUCUAGAAUAUCAGAAGAUCCCGAAAAUACUGGGAUGCCGAAUAAUUCAGGAUCCUGAACAUCUUGGCAUUUACAAAAUCUUGAGACUCAGAUAUUCUUAGAGCCCUGAAAAUUCCGAGGCCCUAAAAAUUCUGGCAUCUGGAAUAUCCCAGGAUCCCAAAAAUCCUGGGAUACCGAAUAUCCCAGGAUCCCGAACAUCUCGGAAUUCUUAAAAUCCCGAAACUCAGAAAUUCCUAGAGCCCUAAAAAUUCCGAAAUCCUGAAAAUGCUGGGAUCUCGAAUAUCAGAAGAUCCCGAAAAUCCUGGGAUAUCGAAUAAUUCAGGAUCCUGAACAACUCGGCAUUCACAAAAUCCCGAAACUCAGAAAUUCCUAGAACCCUGAAAAUUCCGAGGCCCUAAAAAUUCUUGGAUCUUGAAUAUUCCAGGACCCCGAAAAUUCUAGGAUACCAAAUAUCCCAGGAUCCUGAACAUCUCUUAAAAUCCCGAAACUCAGAAAUUCCUAGAGCCCUAAAAAUUCCGAAAUCCUGAAAAUGCUGGGAUCUCGAAUAUCAGAAGAUCCCGAAAAUCCUGGGAUAUCGAAUAAUUCAGGAUCCUGAACAACUCGGCAUUCACAAAAUCCCGAAACUCAGAAAUUCCUAGAACCCUGAAAAUUCCGAGGCCCUAAAAAUUCUGGGAUCUUGAAUAUUCCAGGACCCCGAAAAUUCUAGGAUACCAAAUAUCCCAGGAUCCUGAACAUCUCGGAAUUCUUAAAAUCCCGAAACUCAGAUAUUUUUAGAACCCUGAAAAUUCCGAAAUCCUGAAAAUGCUGGGAUCUCGAAUAUCCCAGGACCCCAAAAAUUCUGGGAUACUGAAUAUUCUAGGAUCCUGAACAUCUCGGAAUUCAGAAAACCCCGAAACUUGAAAAUUUCCAGAAUCCUCUGAAAAUCCUGGGACUUUAAUAGUUGUGGGAUUUUAAAUAUCCUAAACAACUCGAAAACUGGGAUUCUAAAACAAUCAGAAUUCCAGGAUUCCUAGUUCCCGAUGCUAUUAAAAAAAAAAUCAGGAAUUUUGGGAACCUUAAAUGGGAAUAAUCUAAUCUCGGAAUUUAAUAUCCUUUGUUUCUGUUUUUUUUUGUGAAAGCGAACUGGAAAAUUUAUACCUCUUUAUUCUGUUGCUUAAUUGAUUUAACAUUAGUUUGCAAUGCAAUUACUCUGAAAAUUAUAUUUUUACAGUAUUCAAUUAUUGACUAAAUAUCGUUUUCUUAUAGGGGCGUGGCUUAAAUAUUGCAGUUAUUUUUUUCAGGUUUUACUUUGUGGAAAAUUCUUAAAUGGUCAUAUAACUUCUUGUCAUAAGUGAAGUUUUACAAUUUAAUUGAUAAUAUUAUAAAACAAAUAAAUUUCAAAAAGGGAAAUGUGGCGGAAAUUUUUUUUCCGUUCCGAAACAAGGUUACAAAACAAUAGCAAUUGUUUCUACAUUUCUGUCAGCCACUGUAACUGUGAAUAAACUGAAGACUUCUUCAAACUGCUUUCAAUAAUAUCAGAGAAAAAGUAAAUUUCUUCUUAUGAAUAAAAAAAGCAAAAAUAUUACCUUGUUAUUCAAGCGUGUCAUUUCAAUUUGAAAUGAAUAACACGUACAAAAAAAACUAAUAUUAAAAAUAGUAAAAGAUUUUUCACACAUCUCAAAGCUUCUUACAAGUUUUUACCUUUCUUAUUUUUUUUUGAUACCAGAAAAAGUAGAUUUUAAAAACCUCAACAUAUUAUUCCAAAGUGUAAUUCCGGGAAUAUCAAUGAAUACCUCUCCCUUUGUACUGCUGAGAAUUGAACUUUUUCUACCGAUUUUUAAAAAUAAAAAUUUUCAAAAUGGCAUUUGACAUAGAAUAGAAUGAAAAGAAAAAAAAAGAUGUGCAGAGAAUGGAAAGAUUGCAUAAAAUUCGUAUAACGACAAUAAUUGUAUAACAAUAAUAUUUGUACUAGUAAUUGGAUGAGAAAUGGGCAGAUGAUGAGGCGGUUAAUUUUAUACUCACAUCAAAAUUUUUCUAUGCUUAAUGAGAUGGAGAUUUGAGAUGUUCGGCAAAGGAGGCAUUUUUUGGAACAUUGAAAGUUGCUUACAACAUUUUUUGGCGAUUUUUCGUAGAUAAAAUAAAAUGCAGUAGAGAGGAAAAAUGUUAAAAAUUAAAUUAAGCCCAUCGCACAAUUGCUUUUGUUUUUCAAACAUGAAAUUUAGGGUUUAGAGAGAGUGAAAAGAAAAUUUGAAAACUUGCUUUAUGAUUGCAAAAAAUAUUUUUAAAAAAAUGUAUGGCACAGGAAUCGAUCUCAUUCAGUUAAAUGCACAGUUAAUGAGAGAAAGAGAUAGAGCACAUUUAUCCAAUGCAAUAGCAAAGAAAAUUUUGCAGAAUUCUUGAAACAUUCUAAAAUUGAUUGAUUUAUCAGGAUGAAAUGUAUAAUGUUUUAAUUAGAAAGUCCAAUACUCUGCAAAACUCAGGAAAUCUCGUCAAAAUCGGUAAAGAAUUUUGCGGUUUUAAGACUUUCAACUUUUAAUUUAAAAAACAUAAAGAAAUAAUAAGGGAUAUUGGCGUAUCGUAACGAAAUUUCCACCUGAAUAAGCCAUGAAAUAUGAGUAAUUUUAAGGAUAUUUUAUUUGGCUUAAACUGUGUUUCCUAUGGGUUUGUACGAGAAAACGAAAAGUGCUUGUUUUUAGACUGAAAGGACUAGGGUUCAAGACCGAUAAAAUCCGUUUUUUUUAAAGAUUUUUUUUUCUUUGAAGAUAGUCAAGAGAAUUUUUUACGCAAAUAUUGCUUUCAAUAAAUUAUCUAAAACAAAUUAGGUUGGUGCAAAACGAGUUUUACCAUUAAGAGAUAUACUUCGGCUGAGAUAAAAUUCACUGUCUGAUACAAGCCCAAAAAGUGCACAUACUGCCUUAUAUUUUGCAGUCCGCCAAUUUAUUAGUAAUUUGGUAUUCGAAUACUUUUGCGUAUAUGCGAAAUUUCCUUCUAGAAUAUUUAGUUAGAAUAAGAGCUUUGGUUGACUAGAACCUUUAGCGUUUCUCCUAACACGUCUUAUCCUUACUGCGAUCCGACAUGAUCUGCAUAAUAUUCACUAAUCCUAAGUCGUUAUCGACCACUAGGAACGAUCUUACGAGGAAUCGGCACCGCUUCUAGAGAUAUUUAUAAUAGCAAUUAAAAUAUCUACAUGGGGUUAACCUUUGGGAAGAAACUAGUGUUCAUAAUAUAAAGUUCUUGACUAUGAUAAUUUGAUUCGUUCUAAUAAUCUCUGGAAUACCUAAAAUUACUAUCUAUAAUCGUUUUGUCUUUGAGCUUUCCGAACAAUAUUGUGUCUAUUUUCAUGUUUUUCGCUUUCUACGUCAAUGUUCAAUUUUUAUUGAAAAUUGAAUUGUCACCAUGUAUACGUAAGUGUGCCAAAUAUAAGCUAAAAUGGGUAAUAAGGACUAAAAGGAAAAUAUUUCUAACGUUACAACAUUGCGGCUUUAAUAAAAGUAUUACUAUAAUAAUAAUAAUAAUGCUGACACAACAUUCGAUAGAGGACCUAGGCCAAACUAGGCCUUUCCCCAAGGGGAGUUCGGAACAUACCUUAUUAUUAUUUUUUUUAUACGGGAUUAUUAAGUCCAUGCCGCUUAAAAUCAAGUGCAGUGAAGCUCACUGCAAUUCGAACACCUUUAACGGCAGAAAAAUUUCCGAUGACCUAAUGAGGAUUCGAACUCGGGACACUUGCAUCAUAGAGCAAGUGCUCUACCACUUUAUCCAUUGAGUGCCCCUUUAAUGAAAAUGUAAAAAAAAACUUAUUGGCAACUACCGAGAUUUGAACCGGCAUAAAUAACCACGUGAAGAACAAUUUAUGAUAAAUUGAAUAAUAAUUUAUGAUAAAUAAGAUCUCGUUAACUCACUAUAAAUGAUGCUUGGGCAGCGAUUAAGAUGAGCGGAGGUUAUCAUCAGUGAUGCACGAUCAAACCAUUUCGCAUCAUUAUUUAGUGUUUUGUUUUUUUUACACUAACUCAAGGCAAUCAAAGCCUGAGGAAAGCGGAUGGAGAAAUUUUUCGGUACUACAAUAUUGACUUUUAUUAAAAUAAAUUAAAUUAAAAGUGAAAAAAAGAGAAAAAAUGUGACUCGAGUGGGAUUCAAACCCGUGAUUUUACAGUGCGAGUCCAUUCGUUUGCGCACUGCACUACCGGUGGUCUUAUCGAUUAGUGAGAUUUUCCUGAAGACUUUGAGGAAAACAUGUUUUUUCUGUCAUGUUUUUUUU